AUGGCGACGGCGCGACGCUCUCGGGUGUCGUGCGUGGAGCGACGUGGGGAGGCUGAAACGUGCUCGUGGAGGCCGAGACUUGCGGCAGUUAGGGGCUGUGGGAGCGGCGCAUAUGCAAGGCUGCUUAGGGUUUUAGUUGCUGGACUAGGGUUUCAAGAAGUUCUUCGGUUUUGCAUUGAUGAGGCACAAAGCGCAUUUGUGCCGGGGCGUCUUACUUCUGAUAAUAUUGUGGCAGCUUAUGAGAUUCUCCAUUCCAUAAAAAAUAGAAGAUUUGGUAAAGAAGGGUUGUUUGCUCUCAAGUUGGAUAUGAGCAAGGCGUACAACUGUAUUGAGUGGCGGCUCAUUGAAAAGAUGUUAUUGAAAAUGGGUUUCUCUGUCAAUUGGGUGGAACGGAUUAUGUGGUUCAUCACGUCAGUUACUUACUCAGUUGUGGUUAAUGGGAGGGUGGGAGAUAAGUUGGCAGAAAGUAGUGGUGCGAUAAAAGGAGCAAGGGUGAUGAGAGGGCCCUUGAGGGUUACUCAUUUAUUGUUUUCAGACGAUAGUCUCAUUUUUGGGGAUGCCACGGCAAUGAAAGCAUUGAAUGUCUUGAAGGUGCUUCAAUCAUAUGCCAAGUGUUCUGGUCAACUGGUCAAUUUUGAAAAAUCUAGAGUUUUCUUUAGUUCAAAUGUAGACAUGAGGAAUCAGUUGGAUGUGGAGAGAAUUUUGGGGGUUCACCAUGCUGAUAAUUGGGAGAAAUACUUGGGUUUACCUUGUAUGGUUGGUCGAAACAAGAAGUGGGCUUUUGCUAGCCUAAGAGAUAAAAUUCAAAGUCAGAUAUCUUCUUGGAGUGCGAGGCUGUUAUCUAUGGGUAGCAAGGAGGUUUUCAUCAAAUCCAUUCUCUAA